CACGGCUCGAUCAAUCACAGUGAAGCACCGGAGCCAGUCAGCCAAUCACAAUCAUCCUCAGCGAGUUAGCUUGUUCUGCGGCUGAACGACAUCUCACUCAGUAAAUCAUGGCGUCAGGUGCUCUGUUCCCCUCCAUGGUCUCUGGCUCUCGAGGUUCUUCCAGUAAGUACCUGGUGGAGUUCAGAGCGGGGAAGAUGACGAUGAAGAGCAGCACGGUGACUCCGGACAAGAGGAAGGGUCAGGUUUACAUCCAGCAGACGGACGACUCGCUCAUCCACUUCUGCUGGAAGGACCGCACCACGGGGAACGUGGACGACGACCUGAUCAUCUUCCCCGAUGAUUGUGAGUGUGAGGGCGGCCUGCAAAGCCUUCUGGGUAAUAUGAGCCACAACCAGCUGAUGCAGCUCAUCGGACCGACCGGACUGGGCGGGAUCGGGGGCCUCGGGGCCCUCGCUGGCCCAGGAUUGGCUAACCUGCUGGGCAGCAGCAGCUCCAGCAGCGUCCCUGCAGCCAGCAACUCCUCCACCAGCCCGUCCACAGCUGUCACCCCCACCUCCUCCUCAGCCUCCAGCCGCCUCGGCUCCGCCCAGGUUCCCACCACCCCCAUCACUCCCGUCACCCCCACCAACACCUCCGUCACCUCCCCCACCGCCUCCUCCCCCCCCGCGUCCUCCCCCGCUACCGCCGCCGGGACCCCCAACGCCUCGCAGCCCAUCCAGCUGAGGGACCUGCAGAGCAUCCUGGCCACCAUGAACGUCCCCUCGGGGGGGCAGGGAGUGGAUCUGUCCAGCGUGCUCACCCCGGAGGUCAUGGCUCCCAUCCUGUCUCACCCCGAGGUGCAGCAGCGUCUCUCUCCCUUCCUCCCCUCCGGAGAGUCUCUCCCUCAGAGCAGCGAGGAGCUGAACAACACUCUCAGCUCGCCUCAGUUCCAGCAGGCGAUGAGUAUGUUCAGCAGUGCGCUGGCCUCAGGUCAGUUAGGUCCUCUGAUGAAUCAGUUUGGUCUCCCUGCAGAAGCCGUGGACGCCGCCAACAAAGGAGACGUCGAAGCCUUUGCCAAAGCCAUGGAGACGGAGACAAAGUCGGACCAGGACGGAGACUCCAAGGACAAGAAGGACGACGACGAGGACAUGAGUCUGGACUAAGAGCUUAAUAUUUAACUUAUUUAUUUAGCUGCUACAGCUGUUUUGUAACUAUUACACAUUAAGGAUGAAGAUCUAAGAUUAAUAUAGAAACUCUCGCUAAGACCCUCCCUCCCCCCUGAUUAAUAUAAACUGAGCAGUUAUUAAACCUGCAUGACAACUGUACAUCCUGAGGAAUAAACUCUGCUGUGUGUUUA